GGCGUUCGGUCAGCGCGGCUCUCCACGAGGAUGAAGGGCCCGGGAGCGGGCACACUGGGCAGGAAAGCAAUCGCGAGGCGAACGCGCCGGCGGGUCUCGGGGUGGGCGCCGCGGCCCCCCACUUUCCCUCGCAGCACUCCCGCCGACGCCGGCCUUUGAGCGCGGGGACGCGCCGCGUUGCCGUAGAAACGCCGGGGCCGGCGCGGCGGCGCGCGGGGCGGGCUUUCAGGCUCCAGGAGGCGGCGGCUCGCGCCUCGGCGCACGCUCGGGCCCCUCCGAGCCCAGGUCGUUGGGCCCAGCCCAGGGACCCCGGCCGUGCGCUAGGCGAGAUGUUGAGACGCAGCUUGGAAAACCGGGACGCUCAAACCAGACAACUGCAAGAUGCUGUCACAAAUGUGGAGAAGCAUUUCGGAGAGCUGUGCCAAAUCUUUGCUGCUUAUGUGCGGAAAACUGCCAGACUGAGAGACAAAGCAGACCUACUGGUGAAUGAAAUUAACGUGUAUGCCUCUACAGAGACCCCGAAUUUAAAGCAGGGCCUGAAAAACUUUGCUGAUGAGUUUGCCAAACUUCAGGAUUAUCGACAAGCAGAGGUUGAAAGACUUGAAGCCAAAGUAGUUGAACCUUUGAAAGCUUAUGGAACCAUUGUAAAAAUGAAACGAGAUGACCUCAAAGCAACAUUAACAGCAAGGAAUCGAGAAGCUAAACAGUUAACUCAGUUAGAAAGAACACGUCAGCGAAACCCAUCUGAUCGACAUGUUAUUGCACAGGCAGAAACUGAAUUGCAGAGAGCUACAAUGGAUGCUACCCGAACAACUCAUCAUCUGGAGGAAACUAUUGACAAUUUUGAAAAGCAGAAAAUAAAGGAUAUAAAGACUAUAUUUUCAGAAUUUAUCACUAUUGAAAUGUUAUUUCAUGGCAAAGCUUUAGAGGUCUACACAGCUGCUUACCAAAACAUAAAAAAGAUUGAUGAAGAAGAGGAUUUGGAGGUUUUCCGAAAUUCUCUGUAUCCGCCAGAUUAUUCAUCCCGUUUGGAUAUCGUAAGAGCAAAUUCAAAGUCACCUCUUCAAAGAUCACUCUCAGCUAAGUGUAUCUCUGGAACAGGACAGGUACCCUCCUGUCGACUAAGAAAGGAUCAACAGGCAGAAGAUGAUAAUGAAGAGGAUGAAGACUUAGAUGCUACAGAAGAAGAAAAUUAAUUUUCUUAAGUAAACCUUUCAGUUUUCAUCUUAAGUGACUUGGAAUCCAGAAUUACUACACUGUAAAACUUUAUACUGGCUUCAUACACAUUAAACCUCAAAAUGAAAUCCUACUGAAAAUGAAAAUUAAAGGAAAUUUGUGCUGACCAAAAAUGAAGGUUUUAAAAAAUAUUACACACCAGUCAUUUCAACAUCCUAUCCAACAGUAUGUGAUUUUUAUAUAGAUUACAUUUAAAAAAAAUUAUUUCAAAAGUAUUUCAUAUAAAUGCACUAUACAUAGUUGGGGUCACAAUAAGUAGAUGACAGAAAACAAGAGAUCUAACAAUUUGACUUGCUUCUUUUGCUUUCAUUGCCAAAAAGGUCUUUAGUCAUUCUGAUUAAAUACAAAUUCUAUUCCAUAAAGCCUUAAUAAAGACAAGGGUUUUUUUUCCCCUUUCCUUUUUUUCACUUUUACUACAACCUUAAGUUUCAUUGUUUGGUACUUUACUUUUCAGCAAGUGUUAUUACUUCUGAUUAAAUGUAAUGGGACACUAGGGUAUCAGUGUCUUAAAUUUUAGAUUAAAAUUUACCAUAAAUUUUAGAUUCAAAAAGAAAGCUACAUUCAGCCUGAUUCUGGUUUUAAAAUGAAAAUGCUAUCGUACUGAAGAAUUACACAAAACUACAACUUCUGGAAAGCUGUAAUUUGGUGGAAUGUUGCCUAAGAAAACAUCAUGGAAAACCAAAAAUCAUUAAAAGUAUAAAAAUUUUACCAAACCACCAUCAAAUUAAUGAAAGAGGAUAUAGUUACUUUUGUUCCUGAAAACAAUCAAUUUAAUCAGAGCCUUUCAGUAUGUCUAACACUUUUCUUUGGAUGGGGAUUGUACUUUUGAUAUUUCAUGGAUACCAGUCAGGCAUAUAAAAAUUAUGACAUUUAUAAAAUCAUCUGAGAUAACAACAAAAAAACAAUUAUUCAUAACAGACAAAUAAAGACUUUAUA